GAAAAGAUCCGAAGGGCAUAUUUGUCCUUUCGCAUAACGUAUCUAGCGAUCCGCGCUCUCCGCCACCUCUUCUUAAGCUCCUCGCCGCCGCGCAUCUCUCUCUCUGUGUAUAUACAAUUUCUGUCUUUGUAAGAAUCUGUAAUGGCUUUACAAGUUCAAGUUGAUAGGGCGGCGUUAAAGCCGGUAAUGUUGAGUUCUUCGAGCAGGUCCACCAAGCAGUUUGUGGUCAGCGUCGCAGUGGAUCGUAGAUACAACAACCCCGCGGCGUUGAAAGCUGGACGGCGUCUGAGCUUGAGGGUUAAGGCGAGCUUGGACUCUACAGCUACGGCUACUACUACUCCCGCGUUGGGUAAGGUCACCGAGGUUAACAAAGAUACCUUCUGGCCUAUCGUCGAAGCCGCUGGUGAGAAAGCCGUCGUCCUCGACAUGUACACUCAGUGGUGUGGUCCUUGCAAGGUUAUGGCUCCCAAGUAUGAAGAACUGUCUGCAAAGUAUCUUGAUGUUGUCUUUCUUAAGUUGGAUUGCAACCAGGAUAACAGGCCAUUAGCAAAGGAGCUAGGCAUAAAGGUGGUUCCUACAUUCAAGAUUCUGAAGUCUGGCAAGAUAGUCAAAGAAGUGACCGGAGCGAAAUUAGAUGAUUUAAUAGCGGCCAUCGAGUGUGCAAGGUCAGGCUAGAAUUCUUUCGUCGUAUGCUUUGCACAAUUUGUUCAUAAUGAAAUCUACUGGCAUGAAUAUGAUGUGUAAUAAAUUGUACUCUUUCUAGUUUUGUUUUUUGUGUAUAGUGACAAAUAAUUUGAUAAGGAAAACCUUUAGCCAUGGUUCUCAUAUU